AUGGAUUGGGGUUUAUUGCAGCCUAAAAGCCAGUACUUUUUGCUCAGAGAUGAGCUUGUUUUUCAUCGUUGGGUAAGAAUUCAAUGGAACUUUUUUCGACUUGAAAAUGAGCAUAUCAAUAAUUGCGCCCAAUAUAGAGCGAUUAAAGAGAUACCUCUACCUUUCAAGCUAACUGAUAACAAGCAUCACUUCAAAACCGAACUUACCAACGACGACGAGGAAAGGAUAAGCAUACUAUCAUCCUCAUCAUCAGCCAAUAAACUCUAUACCAAUCCAAAUGGAAACGAGUAUUAUCAGCAGCGGCCAGCUUACUCUAACGCUUCCCACCGUGGAUCUUAUUACGGACGCCGCGAUUUUGAGAAUAAACAAGACGAUAUUUCUGAUUUACGGAUCGGUUCCUUUCAUAGUCAUCAUCAAUUAGGAAGACGAUCGUCUACCAUAUCCCAUGUAUUAACAAGAAUUAAAUCCAUGACAGAUUUCAGUGCCGAAGAUACAGACGCUGAAGACGACGACUACGAUGAUGAAGAUGAUGAUGAAUGCCAAGACGACAGUCAGAUGCACAACAAUGAACAUUUUUGA